AUGGGAAGCCUGACCUGCCAUGCCUCUCUCGGGGCCCAGACUCUAAGUGGUGGAGCCUCGGGGUCCGGACCUGGAUCACUAAUGAAACGAUUCUCGAUUCUCGUCCUUGGAGGAGGCGGGGGCUUUGAAGUGAACGGAGAGUGGAGAGGGGCGCCUCCCGCUGACCGCCUUGUGUUCCUCAGGUGCACGCCUGCUCCCUCGGUGGCGCAGGGCCCAGGCCUGGGGGCGGCCAUGGCCCCCGGCCACCUGUCGGUGAGGGAGAUGAGGGAGGACGAGAAGCCUCUGGUGCUGGAGAUGCUGAAGGCUGGCGUGAAGGACACGGAAAACCGCGUGGCCCUACAUGCCCUGACACGGCCCCCAGCUCUGCUCCUCCUGGCAGCAGCCAGCAGCGGUCUGCGCUUCGUGCUGGCCUCCUUCGCACUGGCCCUCCUCCUGCCUGUGUUCCUGGCCGUGGCCGCGGUGAAGCUGGGCCUCAGGGCCCGGUGGGGCUCACUGCCCCCGCCGGGCGGCCUGGGGGGCCCCUGGGUGGCUGUGCGUGGCUCAGGCGAUGUGUGCGGUGUCCUGGCGCUAGCACCUGGCACAAACGCAGGGGAUGGGGCCCGGGUCACCCGCCUCUCCGUUUCCCGCUGGCACCGCCGCCGUGGCGUGGGCAGAAGGCUGCUGGCCUUCGCCGAGGCCCGAGCCCGUGCCUGGGCAGGGGGCAUGGGUGAGCCUCGGGCCCGUCUUGUGGUCCCAGUGGCUGUGGCUGCCUGGGGGGUGGCAGGGAUGUUGGAGGGUUGUGGGUACCAGGCCGAGGGAGGCUGGGGCUGCAUGGGCUACAUGCUGGUGCGGGAGUUCAGCAAAGAACUGUGACUCCCCUGCCCAAAGCGAUCUGGGUCUGGGUGGGAAACCAGCAUUUAGUGAGCAUCUGCUGUGCGCCAGGCAUGUUCACUCUACUCUGUCCACUGCCCAGUGUGGGUAGUGUUUGGACUUUGGUAGUGUGUGAACGUCUCAGAGUAGAAUCUCUCUUCCCCCUCCUGGCUCUCUCUCGGGGGACCACCAAAGGUCAGACUGUCCAACCCUCUGCCUCAGAUCCAGUCUGCACUGAGAAAUCCACCCCCGCCACCAUCUGUGCUA